GGAGAAGUGCAAGAGACCCGAGCAUUGAAGUGACGCGCCUCGUGAGUUUUGUGCUGCUAGCAUGCCUCGGACCAGAUCCCAGUCACAGGCAACGAUCACUUUUCCAAAAAAGAAACUAUCUCAGACAUUGGACAAAGCUAAAAUCUCUAAUGAUGCCAAACGAGAACUGACAAAUAUCCAGGCUGCACCCCGUUCUCCUUGUGAAAAAAUUCUACCUCUCAGCCCCAGAAAACGGCUGGGUGAUGACAACCUGUGCAACACUCCACACUUGCCUCUCUGCUCUCCACCAAAGCAAGGCAAGAAAGAAAAUGGUCCUCCUCGCUCACGAACCCCUAAAGGACGCAGAUUGGUAUUUGACAAUCAGCAAACAGUGAAGUCGCCUAGCAAAACCGACCAAACCAGGCUUAGCCCAGACAAAACCUGUUCCUCUGUUCAAAAAGAUCAAGAGAUUACCAAAACAGAAUCUGCGUGUUUGAGACUAUUCCGGCAAGCAGGCACUUGCUAUCAACAAGCCAAGUUGGUCCUGAAUACAGCUGUCCCGGAUCGGCUGCCGGCUAGAGAAAAGGAGAUGGAUGUCAUCAGGAAUUUCCUGAGGGAGCACAUCUGUGGAAGGAAAGCUGGAAGUCUUUAUCUUUCUGGUGCUCCUGGAACUGGAAAAACGGCUUGUUUAAACCGAAUUUUGCAAGACCUCAAGGAGCAGCUGAAAGGCUUUAAAGCAGUCCUGCUGAAUUGCAUGUCCCUGAGGAGCGCCCACGCUGUGUUCCCAGCCAUUGCUCAGGAGAUCUGUCCGGAAGGAGCAGCCCCGCCAACUGGGAAGGACAUGCUGAAGAAACUAGAAAGCUCUAUGACGGCCCAGAAGGGCCCCAUGAUCGUGUUGGUGCUGGACGAGAUGGAUCAGCUGGACAGCAAAGGGCAGGAUGUGUUGUACACGAUAUUUGAAUGGCCGUGGCUGAGCAAUUCUCGACUGGUGUUGAUCGGAAUAGCUAAUACUCUGGAUCUCACAGACAGAAUUCUGCCAAGGCUUCAAGCUAGAGAAAAAUGCAAACCACAACUACUGAACUUCCCACCAUAUACCAAAAAUCAGAUCGCCACUAUAUUGCAGGAUCGUCUAACUCAGGCAUCCCGCGACCAGGUUCUGGACGAUGCUGCGAUUCAGUUCUGUGCCCGAAAAGUCUCUGCCGUUUCGGGCGAUGUUCGCAAAGCACUCGAUGUUUGCAGGAGAGCUAUUGAAAUUGUAGAGUCGGAUGUCAAAAGCCAGACUCUUCUUAAACCACUGUCGGAACGUCAGUCACCCUGUCAAUCACCCGUCCCCAAGCGGGUUGGUCUCGCCCAUAUAUCCCAAGUCAUGUCGGGAGUGGACGGGAACAGAAUGGGUGUGAGCCAAGCCGGAACCCCCGACUCCUUCCCACUUCAGCAGAAGAUCCUGGUCUGCUCUUUGCUGCUCCUCACCAGGCAGUUGAAAACCCAAGAGGUCACUCUGGGGAAGCUGCACGAGGCCUAUGGUAAGGUCUGCCGCAAACAGCAGGUGACGGCUGUGGACCAGUCUGAAUGUCUGUCGCUGGCAGAGCUCUUGGAAGCCAGGGGCAUUUUAGGACUAAAGAAAAGCAAGGAGACACGUUUCUCAAAGGUAUCCUUGAAGAUUGAAGAGAAGGAAAUAGAGCAUGCUCUGAAAGACAGGACUUUUAUCGGAAAUAUCUUAGCUACUGGAUUGCCUUAAAUUUCUUUUAAACUAACCCCCCAUCUGAAAGUAUUGGCCCUCUUUUAGAGAGCUAUGGAA